CGGACGGUGGUCAACGGCUCAGUAUUGUCGGAAAACAGGCAAAUGUCGCCUCUAGCAAAUGUCAUCUAUCUAUUUUCCUUGUUCGAUUGUUAGGGACGCAUCUGUUGAAUGAAACUUGAUAGUUAUGAAUCUCGCUGCUUAUCUCUGCUAUAAGAAGCUGUUAAAUGACGCAAUUUGUGGUAUCUCGCCCAUACGAUCUACGGUACAGUUCAAGCGAGCGCUAUAUGUUUUGGUUCAAUUAAGAGAAUCAGGACUUCUGGCGCCUUCUGGUGCGGGUAUACGGGGGCCACACAUAGCUUUUUAGCAACUGGUUUAAUGGAAUUUUUUCAAAAGGAGAAGAUGACUGAUGAACGCAGAUGCCGCUGAAUUGUGCAAUGGUUUUAAAAGAAUUCCUAGGCGGUCGAUGUAAUUAAUUAUAAUAUACGUUAUUUUCUUUUCCCUAACCUCAUCGUAGCCCUAUUUGUAUGGAAUAUAGAAAUAUAGCAUGUUCAAUAUACUAUUUACUAUACACUAUAUGCAGUAUAUAUACUUUAUUUAUACGGUUAUAACCCUAAACCAACCUGAAAUAGAUUGCCAUAAAUCUUUGUCAUGUAAUUUACCAAUAAACAGACUUGUACUUUAUGAAAGUCGUUUAGGCGGAAAAUGCAACUUGAUUUCUCGUUCGUAUCUGAACGGAUGAAAGUCGCUUCUUAAUGGAUUUUGAAACGAUCAACCUCCCAUUUGAAUCUAUUGAGGCUUAGUCCCUUCUGACAAGUUAUCGGGCGAUGGUAUCGAAUAACAGCUCGCCUUCUGUCAUCAAAGGAAGGGGGUUCAAGAACAAUUAUACGCUCCACCCUCAUGUUCAACGCAACAACCAAUGGACGAAUCAUAGGCGGGGCCGAAAGAUGUUCAAACACCGAUCUCAAUACCCCCACAAGUCAAGUGGAGUAAUGGAAGAAGAGAAUAAGCCCAGGAAAUUAAAAACGCAAAAAACUUUUACAAAAGAUAAAGAUAAAGAAUUGACUCGACUACGAGUAAACUUCCGCGAAAGAGAAAGGAUGCACGAUCUCAACAUGGCUUUGGAAAGUUUACGGCAAAUUCUUCCUCAACCAACAACAUCCCAAAGCGGUACUAUUAAAAAAUUAUCCAAGAUGGCGACGCUAAUUACGGCCAGGAGUUAUAUACUGGCUUUAACUCGAUCGAUUGAGGAGACUAAGCGGAUGAUAGAAGAAGCUCAGAGAAAAAAAUUACUAUCAACUAUUUAUAAAACAUCGUCCACUCCCUAUUGCUGUCGACUUUUAUCCGGGCAUUCGCUUCCGGCAACUUCAACAACAACGACACCGCCAAACACAACAACAAUAGAAACAAGUACAAAGGGAUCAAUGCAAAAAAAGAAAGAAAAGCAUUGCUUUUGCGUAAGGUGUUUAUCGGGAGAUACUUGUAAUUAACUAUGCGUCUUUAUUAUAUGUACAGAUAUACAGAAUGUAUAUAUGAGUAUAUAUGUAUUUAGACGCCGGUUAACGGUUUCAAAUGCUAUUUACUAUAUUCACGUACUGUACGUUGUAAAGUUUUAUUAUUAUCUUCAUAAAUUGAU